AUGCCACCAGGUAUCCCGUACGCUGAGCCGCCAAUCGGAGAGCUUCGGUUCAAGCCUCCGGUCCUGACAACGUCCUUGAACGGCUCCUUGUUUGAUGCCGCCCAGUUCGGACCGUCGUGUCUUCAACCGCUGGGUGGCGACAGCCCGCAUAGCGUUCCCGUCGGCAGCGCAAUCUCGGAAGACUGCUUGACCAUCAACGUCGUCCGUCCUAUCGGUGUGAAUUCAACUUCAAAACUCCCUGUGAUGUUCUGGACAUACGGCGGGGGUUUCUUCGUGGGCUCCUCUGUGGUUUACAACGCCAGUGCGCUUGUUUCUCGUAGUGUGGAAAGGGGAACUCCCAUUAUUCUCGUCAAUUUCAACUAUCGACUCGGGCCUCUCGGGUUCCCUCAAGGAACAGAAGCUCUGAAUGAAGGCUCUCUGAACCUCGCGCUCAGAGACCAGUUGGCUGCUCUAGAAUGGGUUCAGAAGAACAUCGGCAACUUUGGUGGUGACAAGCACAAGGUCCUCGCGUUCGGAGAGAGCGCCGGAAGCAUGAUGACUUCGAUGCAGUUCUUGAACCCUCGAAUGGACAAACUCGUUCGGGCAGCGAUAUUCGAAUCUGGAUCUCAGUCGUCAGGCGGAGGGAUGUUCGAACCCGCUCGGCGAGACAAUGUCUGGAGCCUCUUCGUAGGCGCCGUACCUUCCUGCGCCACUCUCGCAGGCACCGAUUCGACGUUUUCUUGUCUCAGGAAUGCGACCACAACGGAAAUGCUCAACGCCUUCCUCUUCUCUAUGUCGCAUGCGAGUGAGAACUUCCCCUGGGACCCGGCAAUCGAUGGCCCGGGCGGUCUGAUCCCCGAACUCCCUUCGAGACUUUUGCUGAAAGGGAAAUUUGCCAAGAUUCCUUUCAUCGCUGGGACGAACUUGGAUGAGGGGACGUAUUUUACCUCGACGCAGAUGAAUUCCACCGCUGAAAUCAACGCCACAAUGAUCGCUGGUCGCUCUCCUGCGGCGUCGCCUGCAGAGCUUCAAGCUGCAAUCGUGAGGAUUCUCGAGCUCUACCCAGAUGAUCCCUCACUGCAGUCGCCAUUUGGAACCGGAAACGAGACGUUCGGUCUGAGCAGCCAGUAUAAACGUUACGCAGCGAUCGAUGGCGAUAUGGAUUUCCACUCGCAGCGGCGCUUUUGGAUCAACGCAGCAGCCAACGCGAGUGUUCCCACGUACGGUUACUUGUUCACGGAACCUCAGCCGCAACUCGCUCCUCAACUCGGCGUCGAGCACGGAUCUGAGAUUGAUUACAUCUUGGGGGGACUGAACGAUACAUCCACUUCGUCCGUGUUGCUCAGCCGCGUCAUGAUGGACUACUGGAUUUCGUUCGCCACGAGUCUUACCCCCAACGACGGAAUCGGCUCCAAGCGUCCAGAAUGGAAACAAUUCACUCCCGCAGCGAAGUCUAUCCUCCAACUCAACGGAAAUAAUAUGACCAUGAUCCCUGACACUUAUCGGGAGGAGCAAAUCGCCUUCAUCAACUCGAACCCCCAGAUCUGGCAUCAUUAG